GGUGGCGUGUUUUAUUUUACGUAAUAAACAUAUCUAAUUUUAUUACAGGUCAUAAGUGAAAUUGACAUAAUCAGGAUCGUACUAAAACUUCGUGAGAUUUGACUGAAACUUCUUUUUCUCUAUGUUUGCUGCGGAGUCCUUUAUAAAAUAGUUCAGAAUGUAACUCUUUCAUAAAAUUGAGAAAGAAGCUAUAGUGUGUUUGCUGCUUCGUAACAUUUUUGGUUCAUAAAAUAUUUAGGGUUGCACCUAAAGUAAGUAAAUAUGAUACACUUGCCCAGACGAAAAUGUCGCUCACUGAAUAAAAAAUAAACAUUCUUCAAAACAACGUUGAACUAUAUAUUAUUUUGGGAGAUAAAUUUUCUCAGAUACGGAUAACGUCAAGAUAACUCAGACAUAGACUGUUCAGAUAGCUCCGUAAGACACCUAUCCCGUGCUCAGUUUACUAAUCUCGUUCGAGAAAUCGACAGAUUUUUAUAAAGCGGUCAAGAUGAAAAUACCGUCAGUUAAAUUACCUAAUAUUUUUAAAUCAGUGAGGUAUAAUCUUGCUGCAGUCAAUGGAAUUUUUGUGUUAACCGGUGCACUCCUACUGAUCGUUGGCGUAGUGGUACUAGUGGAGAACAUACAAUACGAGGAUUUCCUUACAAACCGAUUCUACACUGUACCAGCCUUCGCAAUAGCUACUAGCGUUUUGAUAUUGCUGAUAUCUGUUCUCGGAUUUUAUGCUGCACUGUCGGAAAAAUUCUACAUUGUCGCUGUGUACCUGGCCGGAUUGAUAUUCAUCUUAAUAGAUGAGAGCGCAAUUACGAUCGCCGCGUACUCGCUGGUAAAUGACGUCAACAGCGAGAUCAGAGCACCCAUGGCCAGCAGUUUACAGUUGUAUGAGUCCAGACUGGACAUCGCCAAGUUAUGGGACGAAUUACACACGGAAUUCGAAUGCUGCGGCGUGGUCGGUGUGAACGACUGGCAAUCCACCCGCGUACCCAUCAGCUGCUGUCACAUCGACUACGGCACCGUCUCUCCAUUCAACUGUACGUCGGCGCUCGCGUACAAUACUGGUUGCAUUGUAUCUUUGGGGGAAUGGCUCAGCCACAACAUGUUUGUUUUGGCUGUCUCUGCGCUAGUUGUCACUUGUAUACAGAUAGUGCUGACCACAAUCGGUUCGUGGCUCACCUGGCGGUCGAGAUUCGAAUCAGUAGAACUGGAGUCCUAAGUUCCUUCUAGAAAUAAGAUUGUAAAUAAACAAUUAUUUGUACCUACAUUUAAAAUGUAAUUCCCUAUUGAAUGUUUAAAUAAAGUAUCUAUGUCAACGCCAUUUACCUAAUGACAGUCAGUCAUAUGAACAAUUCAAGGCUUCAAGGCUUACUUAUUAAAUAUUUUGUUUUUGACAAUCAAUAAUUACCAUAUCUUUACUUCAUGUUAUGGUCAUGAACUCAUGAGCUUAUGACGGAAUAGGGGUCGCGGGUGUCGCGAUUUUGAGCUACGCGAUGUCGGCAGUAGAUAAUGUAAUAGAUGUUAGAAUAGUAAUGUUUAAGAGGUUUUAAUAAUCGCUCAUGACACACCCAUUAAAAAAGAAAAAGUAUAUACUAAAUAAAAAGUCACCAAGCUCUCCAGUGGCCGAGUCCGGAAUCGAAUCGGCGUUUUCAGCUUACACGGCUAGACAUAACCUCUAGGCCACCCGGUCGACCCCCUCGGUUUGUCAGUUUAUAACUGGUAUGUAAUAAGUCUUGAAGGAUUUAACAACUGGAGUCGCCUUUAAGAGCUUAUCCCUCUGUCGAAAACCUCGGCCGAUGGUCAUCUGACAUGGCUAUUUAUAUGUCACGCCAUACAUUUGACGCGCCCCUCCCUCGCAAAAAUCGGCAGACUGUUUUGUACGGAAAAUUACCGACAAGGGGUCUCCAGUUGUUAAAUCCUCCAACUAAUGUAAGUGUAACUACUUAAAUCACAAAAAUCCACAUAUUUAAUAAGUAGCAUAAUUCGAUUUGUUCCCUAGUUUUUAUUGCAGCUCAAAGGUGAUAUUUGGACUGAAGACAUAAUACCUAAAAAAAUUUUUGGAUUUAAUAAAUAUAGCGCGUUGUGUGUUUUCGAAGCAACAAAUGAGUCUUUAUCCUUAUGGUUAGAAACAGGAAAGUCAACUUCUUGUAAAAAAAAAACAAAAAAAAUACAUUUAUAUGUUAGGUACACUUAUUAUUGUUAAUGUAAGAAUGAACUUUAAUCCUUUUAAUAUAGGUAUUUACAGAAAAAACUGACGAGUCUGUGACGAGUGAAGUUUUCUAGGAAUAAGAAAAUCUAAUAAAGCUAAAACUUAUUUUAUUUGCUUUAGACUAUUCAAAUUGUACUUAGAUAAUAAUGCUAUGCGGUAUAAUGUAGACAUUAAGCCCUACACAAUGUUAUCUUUAUGUAAAUUACUGUUUUCGGUUUUCAUAUUUGAUGGAAAUGUUGUAAGUAAAUAAUUAAGAGAUAAGAAAUGGUUGUAUGAUGUUUGACAUAUAAUAUUACCUAACAUUUCUAAAGUCAGGCGCGGAUACAAGGGGGGGGGGGGGGCAUAGGGGCAAUGGCCCCCCCCUAAAACCCUGGCUCUCACAUUACUAAAUUGAGUAACAUUUUUUUUACCUUAUUUUCUGUGCAAAAAUAUAUGAUUUUCUCAAAAUGGCCCCCCCCUAAGCCAAAUCUUGUAUCCGCGCCUGUCUAAAGUAGUUACUGAAAUCAAUUGUAUGACGAUGACGUAUCGACAAUAUGUAGUACACGAUUCAUGUACCUGCUACAAAUGUUAAUAAUUAUGUAAAGUAACUGGAAAAAGCACUUAUUAUUUAACACUACCCUCGGAAUACAAUGCUAAGUAACUACCUCAUUAAUAUGUUGUGUGACAAAUAGGUAGGUACAUAUCUAAUAAACUUAUAACGCCUCCCGAAAUAAAGGAAAACUUGGAUGCCGACUCAAGGACCAUAGUGUAGGACAGAAGUUAUUUCACGUCUCUCCUGUGGACAAUUGUGGAGAUUUUAACACGUUGGAUGCCCACCAUAGUUCACCUAGUAUUGAUCCAUAUAAAUUUAGUGAUCCCACCGAAGAUGCUCACAGCAUCGGACUAUUACUGAGGUUAAUAAAGAGGCACUUAAUGAGCUAUUUGUUCCCACCGGUGAUGUCCAUGGCCUCACACAGAAUAUUUAUACACCUACUUUAUAUACUAUUUAGUUUUCUGUCAUAAAAUACUUACUAAACUUAUGUGCACACAAGCUGUUAAUAAAUGUCCAGUCACUUCUGUUUUGAAAUCUGUGUAUGACCCACCUUUUUAAGUACCUAAUGCACGAGUCAAUUAAAAAUGUAUAUGAAAAUUGA